AGGGUUGGCAGUGCCUGUUAGUGGUCUAGUGUGUGAUGUUGGUGGGUCAUUGUUGCUGGGUCAGUCUGUGUGUCUGAUAUUAAUUAUACUUGUAUAAUGACUGUGUUCUUGGUGUGGCUCCUGUGUCUUGCUCUGCCUUCUCUUAUCUCUGGCCUCAACACCACAGUGGUGUGUGACAAGAUGCAGAUGUUUCAGUGCAAGAGUGGUGAGUGUAUCACAAAUUUCUGGCAUUGUGAUGGCACCACAGACUGUCCUGACAACUCUGAUGAAGACCACUGCCAUGAGGGAGAGGGUGAUGGAUGCAGCAGCCACCAAUUUGCCUGUGCUUCUGGAAUGUGCCUUCCCUACUCCUGGCGCUGUGAUGGAGAGAUGGAUUGUCCAGAUAGUUCAGACGAAGCAGACUGUGUGAUUGCCAGGAAAUGCACAGAUAACCAAUAUGAGUGUCACAAUAGCCAAUGCAUUUCACUUAACCUUCUCUGUGAUGGUAUGCAGGAUUGUGUUGAUGGAGACGAUGAAAAAAACUGUGGCAAGCAAGGGUGUCAGGAGUCAAUUAAUAGCUUCCUGUGCAAGUCUGGAGGGUGUGUCAGCACAGACAAACUGUGUGACAGUCACAAUGACUGUGAUGAUGGCAGUGAUGAGGGUGACCAAUGUAAUGAGACAUGCGUCGAGACCAAGUGCAUCUAUCAGUGUUUCAAGACUCCAGUGGGACCUCAGUGUGCUUGUCCUCAGGGUCAACAUAUUGAUCCUCUUAAUUCUUCAAACUGUCUAGAUGUAAAUGAGUGUGAAAGUGACGAAAGCGUGUGUGACCACUUCUGCACUAACAAUGAUGGAAGUUACACUUGUUGGUGUGGUGAAGGAUACGAGCUGCAGACAGAUGGAGUAACUUGCAACACAAAAAAGCAUGAACGAGCCUUCUUACUAGCAGCAGUGGACAAUGGUAUAAGGUUGUUUAGCCUAGAUCAUUCUUCUUAUACACAGGUUUUUAUAGGAGACAAAGUGACUGUGGGCGUUGCCUAUGAUCCUCUGGAUCAUGUAGUAUAUUGGAGCGACCUGGAGGGCAUCUACAAUAUACCAGUUCACCCUAGACAAGCUCCUUCAGUUGUUGUUAAUGAAGGCAUUGGACGGGCUGAGUCUCUUGCUGUUGAUUGGAUGGGGAGGAAUCUAUAUAUAGUUGACUCAGUAAAACAUCAAAUACUAGUGUGUUCCCUGGUUGGUACUGCAUGUCAUGUACUUAUCAGUGACCAGGGAGGAGACCCAACAACUAUUCAACUUGACAUUAAAAAUAGGUUCAUGUACUGGCUGGACAGAAGUAGUUCACUACUUGAGCAAGCAGGGAUGGAUGGUUCAAUAAGGAAAGUCUUAGUCCAAGAAAGAUCAGGUUUGCUCACAGGAUUGGCACUGGACGUUCCAGCAGGCAGAAUUUAUUGGAUGGAUGAGUUGAAGGGCAUGAUCUUCACCAUAAACACUAAUGGCACUGACAGCAAGCACUUGGCUGAAGCUUCCAUCAGCCGCCCAUACUCUGUGGCAGUCUGGGAGGAACAUCUCUACUGGACUGACAUGAAGCAUCGCCACAUCCAUUCAUGUCUAAAGCGCAAUGGCAGGAAAGCACACACAGUGCUGAAGAGCAGUCAUGAACAGUUUUAUAGUUUAAGUAUUUAUCAUCCAUCAAUGUUGUACCAGGGGUUCAAUCCAUGUGACAACAGAUGCAGUUACCUUUGUCUGCUAUCUCCUUCCUCACCCAGUGGCUACACCUGUGCCUGUCCUUUUGGUGUAAUGGUGCUUGCUUCAGAUUUACACACAUGUUUAGAUUUGAAAAACGUUACUCGCCCUGUUAUAGUGAGUGAUAAUCAGAUGUACUGGUUUAGUCCACACAAAAUUGGUCAGAAUAACCUUGAACUCUGGAGGAACAACCUCAUUCUGCAUAAAAUUGGUGACCUUGACUACGAUCCUGCACAAGAUGCAGUUGUGGUGAGUGAUGUAUUGGACAACACCAUCUUUAGCAUUUCCAUCACAAAAAACCUCUCUAGACCCAUUGUCAACAAUGUCGCACGAGCUGUUGGUAUCGCUGUUGACUGGCUGCGUAAUAAUCUGUAUUGGGUUGACGGAGUCAAGCAUGGUGUGGAGGUCUUCAGCACACACAAAGGUUUCUACCGUGCAGAAAUUGUGCAUGAUCUUGACCAUCCCACUGACAUUACAUUAGCGCCUAUCCUUGGAUACCUGUACAUAAGUGAUGCUGGUAACAAUCCAUACAUCCUGCGGUGUGGUCUGGAUGGUACUGUGUGUGUGAGGAUUGUUGACACAGGUCUUGCUCAGCCAAUUUCUAUAGCAUUUGACAGAGAUCCUGAGAAUCAAAGGCUGUAUUGGUGUGACCUGCAUCUAGGGCGUAUUGAGAGUGUAGCAAUGGAUGGCUCUGAUAGGCAUAUAAUACAGGAUCUUCUACUUGAGCCAGUUUCACUAUUAGUGACACAUGUUCAUAUUAUAUGGACGCAGAGGAAUUUAAAUAAUUUGUUCAUAUCAUCAAAAAUGGAUAACAGCACUAUUCAAAUAAAGAGACUCGGGUCUGGUGCACUUGGGAGCAAGGAGAGAAUCUUAAAGUUGGGAGAAGUCAACUGGAGGAUGCCACUAGAAGCCUUGUCCAGCCAUCCCUGUGCAUAUGACAAUGGUAACUGCUCUCAGCUUUGUCUAGGAAAUGGUGUAAAUGAUAAGGUGUGUGCCUGUGUGCUUGGAUUUGAAUUAUCAGCAGAUGCCAUCACUUGUGUGAGGAGCCAGUGUCAUAGUGAUCAAUUCCUGUGCCAUGGAACACCUAGUUGCAUACCAGCAAAAUGGAGGUGUGAUGGUACUCCAGACUGUGAAGGCGGUGGAGACGAACGAGACUGUGAAGCUGUUGCCAAGAACUGUGAUGAAUUUUUAUUUCAGUGUGCUUCUGGUAAUUGUAUAGAUAAAACCUGGAGGUGUGAUGGAGUCCAUGAUUGUAGUGAUGGUUCAGAUGAAAGUCCUCAGUACUGUCAAAAUGUCACCUGUAGAGAUGGUCAGUGGCAGUGCAGAUCUGGUGAAUGUAUCCCACAAAUGUGGGUGUGUGAUGGGAAAGCAGAAUGUCCAGACAGUUCGGAUGAGAUAAAUUGCACACUGACUUGUCCUUCACAUAAAUUCACUUGUAUGGAUGGAACCUGUAUACCCAUUCUAUGGCAGUGUGAUGGUGGCAAAGACUGCAAGGAUGGUGGUGAUGAGGAAAAUUGCCCAGUAACUUGCCAGUUGGGAGAGUUCAUGUGCAACAAUAGAAAGUGUGUGCCCUUGAAUGUAACUUGUGAUGGAGACUUUGACUGUGCUGAUGGUUCAGAUGAGAGUUUGAAAAAGUGUUCUGCCUCUUUGCCUAAUGGUGCCAUGGCCUGCCCAAGUAGUCAUGUUGUGUGUGCUGUUAAUUCUCUGAAUCUUGAGCCUAUAUGCAUCCCAAGGAAUGCUGUAUGCAAUGGUAAACAAGACUGCCCUCAAGGUGAUGAUGAAGACUGCACUUGUUUGGAAUAUGAAUUUCACUGUAGCAGUACAGAUCGUUGUAUCCCUCUGAGCAGGUGGGUGUGUGAUGGUGUAGAGGACUGCCAGGAUGGCUCAGAUGAAGGUUCUGAUGUCGGCUGUACAGCAACACUCGACACAACUGUACUAAGUGACAACCAUUUGAAUAAGGGUGAAACAAAUGCAGAAAAGCUCUGUGGAAAGCAGCAGUAUCUUUGUGGAGUUGGAGACUGUGUGGAUGAGAAAAAACUUUGUGAUGGUACUGCUGACUGCCUGGAUGGCUCCGAUGAGGGAAGCUGGUGUGGAAGCUGCAGAAACAAUGGAGGUUGUCAGCACAAAUGUCACCCUGGUGUCAUGGGUCCUCACUGCUCCUGUCACCCAGGCUACAUACUUGCUGCCAAUGGUGCUGAUUGCCUGGACGUAAAGGAAUGUGAAGAAGAAGCCACUUGUAGCCAUUACUGUCAUGAGCUGAAGGGUUCACAUUAUUGCUCCUGCAUGCCUGGAUAUGAAUUGCGACCUGAUGGCAGAACCUGCAAACCUGAAGCUGGUGAGGAGGUGGUGGUGGUUGUGCAGCCUGGUCUCUUGAUGAUCUUAAGCCACAAUUACCAAAUCCUGCACAAGGUGAAGAUACCACAAUGGAUGAACAUAGACUCACUAGAGCACAAUCCUCUUGGCAAUAACUUCCUCUUUACAGACACAUCACAAGGUGUUAUAGGAACCAUAGAUCUGCAGCCUGGAAGUAAUAGCAUCUUCAAUCACAAGAUUCUCAUAAGCAAUAGAAGGAAGCCCCAGGGACUUUCAUUUGAUCCCACAACACAAAAUAUUUAUUUCUCUGAAUCCUUCCCUGGUCAGCAGCCUCUCAUCCCACAGGAUGGUGCCAAACUUGUGAAGAUAGGCGAACAGACAGAUUUAAAGACAGUUUAUUCAUUCAUAUUAAUUUGUAGUGUUGCAAAUGGACUGUGUAGUGUGAUCUACAGAGCUUAUAAUGAGGAGAUUCCAUCCAUUAGUGUGGCCACCAGUGAACGUCUUCUCUUCUUCUGUACCAAUUACCUGGGACAUGAGGACCGAUCAGAGAUUUUAGUUACCUUUUUGGAUGGUCAGAAUAAAAAAGUGCUGUGGACAGGCAAGGUUGUACGAUGUGGAUCAGUGGCAGUUGAUGAAGUGAAGGAAAGAGUUUAUUGGACAGAUAUUGCUCUUAACACUAUUGAAUCAGUCUCUUGGAAAGGAAACAAACACAGAAUUGUCCAGGAAAAUAUGGUUCACUCACCUAUUAGUUUGUCUUUGAGUAAUGACUGGGUAAUGUGGAUUAAUCUUGGAGGCAGAGAAAUUAUCCACUGUGACAAGACAGAUGGCAGGUCAUGUCAGUCAAAGCCCUUUACCUUGGCUGCCAAGGUCCUGGUUGUUGUUCUUCCAAUUAUGAAUAUUGGGAAGGAUGCGUGUUCAUCAAGUGUGUGUCAGCAACUUUGUACUUCAUACAAUAACACAGCCAAGUGCUUAUGUCAAGUAAGCUAUACUGAAUCUACAGAUGGAGAUGGGAAAUGUGUAGAGGUAACAUCUUGUGGCAGUAACUACUGUAAGAGUGGAGGGGAGUGUGAGCCUCACUCCAGUACAGACUUUAUCUGCAGGUGCAAUGUGGGUGUGAUGGGUGAGCAGUGUGAGGGUGAAGCAGAGGUAGUUGGUGCCACCAACAACCUCCUUGUUCUCAGCCUUGUUCUGCUCGUCAUUGUCUUGGCUGCCAUUGGUUUCUUUUGGUAUAGGAGAAAUGUUCGUAUGUUUUGCAAAGGAAAAAGUGAAAGUCAUAAUCUAGAUUUCCAAUCUGCAAACCUCACAUAUGGUUUAGGAAGUGAUAGUGCAGGAAAUGUUAGUCCUGCCCAAAGUAGUAAGUUAGUUUGUGGUAGAUGCUCUUCACACCAUGUGCUCUUCAACCUACAAGAAACAAACUUUGGGAACUCUAACUAUGAGUUGGAAGACAACCAGGAAGACAAUAACUUGGCUUCAGCUGUAGUUGUUUCAGCAUGCUCAGCUAGUGUUAUUGGUACCAUAAGCACACCAGAUCAACUUGACCUAAACUGUGUUUCAUUACCAGUGUCCCAUGUUUUAACACCACUCUCAAAUGGCAAAGAGAAUGAAGGCAACUCAAGGGUCAUUCCCAUGAACACAGCUUCUAGGAAAGGACCAAAUUUUGUGUAACGACUGCAUUCUGUACCUCUGAAAGUACAUUUACUAUUAUCAACAUUCUGUGUAAAGCCCAAAUUGAUGUGAAAAGUUAGGUUGUUUCUACAUUUCUGUAUUGUAUAAUUACAAUUAUUGUCUUAUACUUUAGGUACAUUUGAUAAUCCUUCAGUUUGUUUGGAACACUUCAAUUAUAGCUACAGUAUCCCUUUAUCUUGUUUAAUUAAUAUGCAUAUUUCCCUGUAACUAAAAAAAAUAAUUAGAUGAGCAUGUACAUUAUAAUUCUUGUCCUUCAUCCUGAGGUUUAUUUGCUUUACUGCAUUUCCAAAUACAUAUAGUACUGUAGGUACUACACAUUAUUGUGUUAAUUGUAAUCCAAGUGGAGAAUUUUGUAACAUCAAUAAUCAGUUGACCAUGUCUGAUACAGGUGCAACACCGAUUUUUCUGAGCCCUUCAUUCCCAGGCUUUGCCGGUAUAUUAAUUUUUCCAGACCAGUAGAAAUCGUAUAAAAAUGACUAAACAGUCAGCUGAUCCACCAUGGUCAGUUGGAAAUCUAAAGAUUAGCUUACAUGAAACAGGUUUGUUUAUUACUGUACUUGCGAAGAAUGUUGCAGUACUACCAUUCCUAAAGUGAUAAAUUUUAGAAUUUUAAUUUAACUGUAGAAUAAUCACAAAGGUUAGUAUUUGAGGGUUGUUAGGAUUCUGUCUCAUAGGUGAUUAAAAAUUUUUUAUUUCAGCAUGAUACAAUGCUUGUACAGAGGUGGGUGACAUUUACGUUUGCAUGCAGAAAGCCCUUUAGUAUGCAGAGCAUUUCAAGAAAAUUUAAGCCUAUCUUAAGACUAGAGCAAUAAUUAAUUGAGUGCUUAUACUAUAUAUGAUCUUUAAGUUGUAACAAAAAAUAUAGGACUUAUAGUGAACGUGACUCAUGAAAUCGUAAUGACACAAUUGCAAACAGACCAUGCCACGGGUUCAAACCCCACCUGUGGUAUGGUUUAUAAUGAACACUUUUAUCGUUUUUUUUUUUUAAGGAUUACAGGUUGGCUUAUAUGAUGGUUUCAUAAUGGAUCUGUGAUGUUACAGGGAGAAAAUCUGGGGUACUUUAAAGUGACAAGAUUUUCAGAUGAAGGUCUACUGCAGUGACACUUUCUUCUUGAUUAUCUUCUUAAAUAUUUCAUCCAAGCGAAGUACUUUAAUGUGUUGCACCAAAUAAAAAUUUAUUAGCUAUU